AUGUUAGGCAAAGAUCAGAGUCAGAGCCGAAGUGCUGGAAAGUCUCGCGAAGAGCAGACAGAGGAGGACCGUUUGCUAGGACCAUCUGGGAAAUACCGAGAUACAAACGCUGUGCGAAUCCGUCCUGGUGAAGGGAGAAAGAAGAUUCCUGGGAGUUCGGCCGCAUUCAAGCCAACGAACAAUCUUUCCCGAAAUGUACGGGACAGCGGCCCAGUUCGGGCCCAAGGCAAGGCCCAGCAACCAACUUCAUUGCCGCAGAAGAGUCGCUCUCGUCUAGACGAGCCAUUCGAUUUCGACCAGGGUGGUCGUCCGAACAAACGGCCACGCAAUAAUGAACACGCCAAACCUCGGGAUCCCAUUGGGAAGAGGGCCACCCAGUUGUCUCUCCAAACUUCUCCGCGUCGAGUUUCGCCCGUGUCGAGCGAGACGUCGAGCAAAUUAGAACGAAAUGUCAUCCCACGCAAACAGGAGGAGUACCGCCAAGUGGAGGAAUACAUGAAAAUCCCCAGAAGCUAUUCUCGGAUACGGCCCAAUCGACGCAAACCGAACCCGCCCGAUGACCAGGACGAAAUGUUCACCGCACAGGCUGCCAACGCAAGGCGUGCCGCGGUGGAACUUACAGCGAGUUCUUCUUCCAACCGCGAAAACGGGUCGAAUUUCAGAUCAAAAUCGCCGCAAAGACUUGCUAAUUCACGAGAAAGUCCCGAUGUAUUACAAGGCGACGUCACCACGAUUCCAACGUUACCGAAACCUACCACCAAACAACGGCCAGGUCGCCAGAAUCCAAAUAAUGAGCCGGAGCCGUCUCCAUCUCGAAAACGCUCGCCGAGUGAUAUCCAACCUACCGACUUCACAAGCUCGCCCAUUCAAGGCUCUAAGAGGGCCAAGCGCAGUCACAAAAUUCCGAGCAGGUUUGACUUUGACGUUGAGUAUCUUCGAUUUGGCCCUUUCAAGAAACAAGCUUGUCCGAGGGGACUGCUGCGGUUUUCUGUUGUCGAGGACACGAUCGAACUCGGUGAAAUGACUUCCGAAUCUGGUCAGGAUUUCCUUACCAGUAUCGAACUGCGCCGUAUCUUUGCGGCAUACUUUGGGGGUAAUGAGUGUCUUAAAAUCCGCUUAAAGCUCACUAAGACGUCUGACUCUCCAUACGACAUGGUGGAUAUUGAAUUCAUCACAUUGUCCGAGAAGGGCCGAUUCGAAGGUUUGGUCCGAGAACAAACUAAAAAGAUACAAAUCAAGCCCUCGCUGUUUAUGGACAGUGCUUUUCGUCAUUAUGAAGCCGAGCAGUCGAAACUCAGCAGCGUGCCCAAAAAAUCCUUUAUCGAAGAUGCCCUCUCUGAACACAUCCAGCAACCGUCAACCCGCCAGAAAAUAUCGUCUGUCCUACAGGGGGAUAAUGAAGGUCUACCGGAUAAGACGGAUCACAUUAAGAGGAACACAACCGCUGCAGCCCUCACAGAGCGUGAUGUUGAGGAUGAAGAUUCAAAAGUCCAACCAGCCGAAAGCGACAAAGGAACGGAAAUCCCGGUCAAGAAGUUUCAGCCAAAACCUGAGGCAGAGAGACAGACCCGCUCGACGGGACGACGCUCAACUCGACUCUCCGAUUUAUUCAAAAACCAUGCCAACGACAAACCCGACUUAUUCAGCAAAUAUCCUCUCAAAGAAGACCCUUUCCGAAAUGAAUGGAAGCAGCCACUCGUAUAUCCCCAAAAUGGAAAGAAAAAGGCCGAAGUCACGGUCGAAGACCGCGAUCGAUUGCGUGAUGACGAGUUCCUCAACGACAACCUGAUCGCGUUUUAUAUGCGCUUCUUGCAAGAUCACAUGGAACGAACGAAUCCCGAGGUGGCGAAGCAGGUCUACUUCUUCAACUCUUAUUUCUACGAUACGCUCACGAAGACAUCCCGGGGAAUCAACUAUAGCGGUGUCGCGAAGUGGACAAGGAACGUCGAUCUGUUCGGGUAUAAUUACGUCGUGGUUCCGAUCAACCAGAGUGCGCAUUGGAAAUUGAAGCCAAGGCCGAUGUGGCAGAGUCUGCCUCUUCCAACGACAAGAGUCCCCCCCAACCAGACAGAGAGUGAAGUUCAUGAAAUCCUUGAGUCACCGGAGCCCGAGGCCGAACUGGGCACAAACCAAGCAGGAAGAUCGACGGAAUCUCCAGCUUCGGAAAGGGCACGUAAUCGCCUUGCGUCCAUGUCACUUGAAAACGAGACUGGCUCUGGAGCAACCGAAGGCUCGUUGGAAGAAGCUGGAAAGGACCUGCCACCAAAGGAGAAGGAUGCCAAUGAGUCCGACAAGAGAACAGAACCAAAGGAACCCAGUUCUGCCGACGAAUGGCCCGCAGAAGACGACCACCACCCCCCGCCCCUCAAGCUUUCCACAACAUCUCUCAAAGCGAAACCCACCGACCCCAAACCGUCUCCUCUCCCCGCAUCCCAGACCCCAACUUCCAAAAAGAAAGGAAAAGGCGGCCAAAGAUACCACCCGGACCAAACGACAAUCAUCACGUUUGACUCCCUCGACCUCGCCCGCUCCCCCACAGUCCGGAUCCUACGCGAUUACAUCUGCGAAGAAUCCUCCUCGAAACGAGGUAAGCACAUCGAAUCAAAGGACAUCAAGGGCAUGCGAGCCCGCCAAAUUCCCCUCCAACCCAACUUCUCCGACUGCGGCCUCUACCUUCUGGCAUACCUGGAGAAAUUCGUGCAGGACCCGGAUCAAUUUGUUACGAAGCUGCUGCAGCGCGAAAUGGAUGAGAAGGAUGACUGGCCUCCGUUGGGCUCGGGUCUGCUUCGGCAACGGCUGCGCGAUUUUCUUGAUCGGUUGUAUCGGGAGCAGGAACGGGUUCAGGCGGGUAAGGGUCAGGAGCAGGAGAUCCUGGCUGAUCAGCAACCCGUCUCGCAUCUGUUGGGCCCGUCUUUUUCCAGCGACGAGGAUGUCGAGAAAAAGGACGAUGAGCCGCCAAGGGAAACAGUCGAUGCCGAGAGAAAGGCCGAUGAGUCCCCAAGGAAAAUAGUCGACGCUGUGAAGAGCGAAAAACUUGCCGAGAAGCCUGGUAACUGUGGCUCUGGGAGCGACUCGGAUGACAGCUCAACGGCCGACCAGCUUCAACUAGUACCUAAUGGCACCACCGCGACUGUGUCCAAGGCAAUUUCAUCCGCACCAUCCCCCAGGAAAGAUUCUUCCAAAAAGGACUCGCGUCAGAAGAAAGAGAAAGAGAAAGAGAAAGACGAGGAUGUCGUCGAGGUACCGGACAGUCAAGAAGCGAACCGGGACCCUUCCCCCAAACGCUCCGAAGCCCCACCUCCCAAGGCCGAGAAAAAGAAACACGGGAAAACAGACGAGCCUCUCAAAAUCAAGAAGUCCGACCCUAUCAAAAAGGAUCACAUACCCAAAGUCGAGAUCCAGAUCCGGGCAACACCACCUCCUCCUCCUUCAAGCCCGGGAAAGGUUAGAAAGAGUCCUCGCGGGGAAGAGAGAAACGUUGAUUUCGCCCGUUCCAUUCUGAAUCUACAGCAUCAUUUCAUCUCGGUCUCG